UGCAGAUGUUGGGAGGAACAAUGUGGAGCUGCAGGGUCCUCCUUCAUUCACUGGACACAUCAGAGUCUGUGCAGGUCGGAGCUAAUUGAGUCACAUUUAGGGCUAGAGUGGGUCUACACCUCCCAGAGCGGCCAUGAGAGUCCUCCUACUCAUCUGCAUGCCAGUUGUGCUGCUGGCCCAGUCCCAGUACCAGGAACCGGUUCCUUUCCUGGACGAAUACGAGGAUUACUCUUUUCAAGAGAACACCGAGUUUCAGACUCCUGAAACGCUUCCUGGAUCCUACCAGCAGCAGGUUCAGCGGGAACCCGUCAACCGUCCAGGUUCAGAUGUGGAGACGGAGCCCACAGAACCGGGCCCUCUGGACUGCAGAGAGGAGCAGUAUCCCUGCACCAGACUCUACUCAGUCCACAAACCAUGCAAACAGUGUCUGAACAGCCUCUGCUUCUACAGUUUGAGGCGGGUUUACGUAAUCAACAAGGAGAUCUGUGUGAGGACCGUGUGUGCGCACGAGGAGCUGCUUAGAGCGGAUCUGUGUCGGGACCAGUUCUCUCGUUGCGGUGUGAUGGCUCUGAGUGGUCAGUGUGCGUCUGUCGGAGGAAGCUGUGGGAAGAGCUGCGGCGGCUGCUGAUCAGGAACCACCCGUCACUCCUCCUCACCCUCUGCCGUUCCUCCUUACUCUCGUGCGAAAAGCACUUUGAAUACUUUGUUUUUAAACGUGUACGAAUAAAUAUCAAUAACACUGAUGAUUGCAAAAGUCACUGGUGCUAUAAAACGUUAAGAGGUGCAAAUCAAACCACAGAACACUGUUGGGUGUGUUUUUAUUUUUGUUGCUAUUUUUGCAUAUUGUAACAUGGUAAUCUGAUGUUUUGUGUUGGAGUUGCUGUACUUUUAUUGGAAAGCAGACAGAAGUAAUCGAUAAGCAGCCAUGGAGCAUCUCAGCUGAAGAUCAUUUGUGAAGCAGGUGGUAAGUGACCCUGCUUCUGUACUACUGCUUUGUAAAAGGGUCACCAUAAUGACCAUGAAAUAAACGUGUUUUUACUACGA